AACCAGUGUUGGCCAGGGUCGGGCUUCACCGGGACGCAACAGAAGACGGGAGUGUGAUCAGUGGGUGAGUGAGUGGGAGUAGCGAACGCGAGGGAGGGAGCCAGCAGCAGCAGCUCCUGCUCUCGCGCAUUAGUACUACCAUCACUCCAGUCCAGCAUCCUUUCCGAAUCGUCCUAUUCUUCAACCUCUUUUCUUCCUCGCGCUGUUCACAUUCUCUCCGUCUCAUCAUCCUGCUGCUGCGCUGCUGCCUGUGAGAUUUGAGGAGCUGGGUGGGUGCUGAGUGAACAAGCUCGUUCGUCAUCAUCCGGUCGCUUCUUCCCCUUCCUCCAGCUCCCCGUUCCUGUGCUUGGGCGAGUCUCUCGUCGGACCCGCAGCGUUCCCCUCUGCUGAUGCUAGCUGAUCGUCGACAAGGGGCUACCUCCUCUUGCUGGAACAGAGGGAGCUGAGUCGACUGCUUCCUCGUCGUCAUCAAGAGCAGUCUGUCCAACCCGCGAGAAGGAAAAAAAUCGGGCGACGUUUUCAGGCCGGAUUCGAAGGCAGGUUGGUUGCCAUGCAUCUAGGAUUCGUGCUCCGAGUUUUAUGUGUGAUACAAGUGGUCUGGAUAGGGACAGCAGCAGCGACGAAAAUCGGAGUAAUUUAUGGGGAAGAAGCUGCGUUGGCUGCGGGAGGCGCAGAGAACGCAGUGCAAUUGUUGAGAGCGCAGGGUAUUCAUAAGCUGAGGCUGUACGAUGCGGAUUCGGCAAUGCUGCGUGCACUCGGCGGGUCGUCCAUCGAGGUGAUUGUGGGUCUGCGAAACGACGAGCUCGUCGAUGUCGGAGUUUCGAAAACUUCCGCUCACAGCUGGGUUGCUCGAAAUGUGGAAGCGUAUUUUCCCGACACGAAAAUCACAGCGAUUGCGGUGGGAGACGAGAUUCUCACCAACAAGGAUGAGAGCCUGGUGCCUUUUCUUGUCCCGGCGAUGAGAAACAUCCACGCGGCCCUCGCCGCAGCUGGCCUCGAGCAAGCGAUCAAAGUCUCGACGCCGCAGUCUCUGCGCCUCUUGUCCACCUUCUCCCCACCGUCUCUGGCAACGUUCGACGCCUCUCUGUCCACCCGCGUCCUGGCACCGGUCCUCGAGUUCCUGUCCCUCACCGAGUCCUACUUCAUGCUGAAUCUGCACCCGUUCGACGUGCAACAGGCGAACCCGAGAGACCUGACGCUGGGCCACGCGCUCUACUCGACCGAGUCGGGAAUCGACGACCACGUCACGGGGCUGCACUACGCCAACAAGUUCGAGGCGCUCGUCGACGCAGUCUACGUCGCAAUGGCGUCGCUGAACCAUCCGGAGCUCGACGUCGUGGUCACGGAGGCGGGCUGGUCGAAGGAUUCGGCGGCGAACGACGACCCGGCCGCCGUUAGCUUCCACGCGGACCUUCUGAAGCACAUCGCCUCCGGCACCGGGACGCCAUUCAAGCCGCGCAAGGGCGCAAUUAGCACCUUCGUGCAGGCGAGCCUUCUCUCCAGCCUCGAGGCCUCGACGGGGGACGUCGAAUUUCUCAGGGCGCCCGGCAGCGCGGCGAUGGACUCUGGCGUGAGGCGGAAGCUGCUGGCUGAUAAGACGUGGUGCAUUGCCAAGGAAGGGUCGCGGACCGAGGACCUGCAACUUGCUCUGGAUUGGGCCUGCAGCUCGACGGGAGGUCAGGCGGAUUGUCGCGCCAUUCAGUCGGGCCAAUUCUGCUUCCUGCCCAACACCAUGCGAGACCAUGCGUCGUACGCAUUCAAUAGCUACUACCAAAAGGUGAGCUGGGCUGCGGGCUCGUGCGAUUUCAAUGGCCUGGCCGAGGUCACCUCGACCGAUCCCAGCUACCCGGGCUGCUUGUACGUGUCGAGCGGGUCGGACCCGACGAACUCGACCAGCACGACGAGCGUAGCGACUCGACACCAAUUCUCGUUGGCUUGGCUGGCUCUGGUGCUGGCGGUGACGUGGAAGCUCACGUUCAUGUAGUGAACCGAGAGGUUUUAGAGAUGGCGCCUGCCGUCGGGGCAGUCUCGCUCGCUUCGUGUGGGAGCGGGAUGGUUGGUCCCCGCAGGCCGUGUGUCUCGCUCUCGGGCCGAAAAAAUUAGCGUGGUUGAGGAGAAUUUUGACGCAACGAUUUCUGCUGCUUUUGCUUGUUUCCGAGCUGCUGCUGCUGCGGGUUCGGAAUCGCGAUUGCUGGCAUCUGGGUUGCGGUGUUGUAGUACAACGUGCUCUGCGAAAGUGGGAUCCGCCGCAUCUUUCUCAUCGUCGCGUGGAGGCGUCUCGAACAUAGAAAUGAAGUGACCGUUUUAGAUUUUUGGUGCCUGCUGAGAAUUUUGCUGCGUCGAGAGCGUGUGGGAGUGGAGGACGAGGUCGGAUGUCGGAGAGAGGGGAGUGGAGUCUCUUACUUCCGUUCCCGGGAAGUAAGGGCGAAGACGGUCAUGGUGACGCACUGCUGCCACGAUUAUUUGUCCGUUUCACCAGCCAUACCUCGUGUUGGAGCCUCAAGUUUGAAAGUCGGACAAAAGCGAGACACAGGUCGAAUUCCCAACAAUUUUGGUCAUCUAGAGGAACGAAUGCUCUGGGGUUCUCACCACAUUGCGAGAAGCGAAAUGCUAAAUGCUGUAUUGUUGCGAUCAAUGUGGCCCCUCCUCUCCGAACCUGAGUUCUUUUCCGAGUCUGUAGGCAGCAAAAUUAUUAGUUGGUGCUAGUUAGUGUUUUGGUCGUCCUUGCGAGCUGCUCUCCUCCUCUACGCAUGUACAUGUGUUCAUUCUGCGGCUCGCUGAGUGAGCGGCGGGGGAAAGGAAGAAAAUCGGAUUCGGAAAGGUAGUGAGGAGGAAAGGUGUUGUGGUGGCUAAUUAUAAAAAAUUGUCGAUGCAUGAAUGGAAAACAUCGGUCAUGACGACGAUGAUUAUUCACUUGUACCUUGUUCUGUACCUUGUAGUGAGAUUUUGCUGCUGGAUUUCAUGAGUUUUAGGAGAAGAAGCUGUUUUGGAAGAAGCUUUGUAACCAACAUUUUAUACAGAGGCUUAUCGUAUCACGGUCAAAGGACCCACAAGUUACUCCAGAAAGUUUAGUGGACUAGGAUUAGACUAGAUGUGGAAAUAGGACUUGCCAUCCCGAGGUUCUCUUAGAUGGUAUGUUAUUUUGGAGAAUUAAUAUGAAAACGUCACUUCAGCACAGACAGGAGUUGCAGUAAUGUGCGGCCCCGCCAGAUGACAUCUCGAAGAAAGUGGUUUUAACUAAUCUCCAACUCGGAAACGAACAAAUUUAAGAAACUGAAGGCCGCUGUGUAGAUUGAUACGCCAACCGAUUGUGCUAGCGAGCAAUGUCCUUACACUGAUUCACUUCAACUCCACGGACGUCACGAGAUAGCGCUUGAU